AUGGUGAAACUUGACACAUUUGAGAUUGACCAUUGGAUUCUGACUCGCAGUCCUGGAGCCAAGCACAACCUCGCCCAUUCAUAUUCCCUUCCUAUCACUAUUCAGGAACUCAGCGCGCUAGGGAAUGACCAAGUUGAAGAUGUCGAUAACCCCUUGGCCAGAACUCUGUCACUGCCAAUGAACUAUGGUCCAUCUUUCACGGGCUUCGAAAAGCUGCGCAUGAAUAUAGCUGCCUUGUAUGCCAAUGAAUCCGGUGCUGUCAUAUCUCCCAACAAUAUCAUCACUACUCCUGGUGCAUCGCUGGCGAACUUCAUUGUGUUCCUCGCCCUGGUCGGAUCCGGAGAUCAUGUCAUUGUCCAAUAUCCAACUUACCCUCAGCUACACUCCCUUCCAUCCUGUCUCGGUGCUGAAGUGAGUCUCUGGCAAGCAAGCGAGAAUAAUCAUUGGGAGAUGGACUUGGAGGAACUAGAGCGUCUCAUCCAGCCUAAUACUAAGAUGAUCGUCUUGAACAACCCUCAGAAUCCCACAGGCGCCAUCAUCGCCAGGUCAGCUCUCAGAAGAAUUGUCGACCUAGCCCGGCGUCACUCCAUCAUACUUUUCAGCGAUGAGAUCUAUCGCGCGCUGUUCCAUUCCAUUUCAACGGCGGACUCUGAAUAUCCCCCCUCCCUGCUCUCAUUUGGGUAUGAGAAAACAGUGGUAACGUGCUCGCUCUCAAAGACCUUUUCGCUCGCCGGGAUUCGCGUGGGCUGGAUAGCGUCUCACAGUUCUUCCAUUCUCGAUCUCUGUCUCAACGCGCGCUCCUAUACGGUUAUCACUGUUAGCCAGAUCGACGAGUGGAUUGCUGCGAUGGCCCUCGAGCCUGUCCGUCUGCAGGAAUUGAUGAAACGUAAUCUCGCACUCGCAAAGCACAAUCUGGAGGUUGUGCAAGCAUUUAUUGACCAGCAUUCUUCGGUCUGCGAGUGGGUUCGUCCAGUCGCUGGACCAGUCGGGUUUGUCAAAUUUAGCCGAAAUGGCCUACCUAUCGAUGAUGUUGAACUCUGUAUCCUGCUUCUCGAAAAGAAGGGUGUGUUGCUCGUGCCGGGGCAGAAAUGCUUUGGAGAGAUGUUCAAGGGCUAUGUUCGACUGGGCUUUGGGCAAAGCACUCCGGCUUUGGAAGCAGCUUUGGAGGCGCUGGCAGCUUUCAUUAGCGAGAGUUAUGAGGAGGUACCCGUGGCUGAGUGGAAAUGA